UCACAAGUAUUCUCUGCCUACUCUGCUCUCUCCCUGCUUUUGUUUCAAGCAGAGAAGUAGAAAGAAAUUAUGGCAAUGCCACUCUCCCUUUUGCUGAUCCUCUCUCUCCUCCUAAUCCCAACAACCAUUUCCUCCUCCCCGGUCAAAGUUCCUGAACUGGUGAUGCAACAAGUACAAGAGAGCAUCAAUGCCUCAAGGAGAAAUUUGGGUUAUCUUUCAUGUGGCACCGGAAACCCCAUUGACGACUGCUGGAGGUGUGACCCCAACUGGGAGAAGAACCGCCAGCGGCUAGCCGACUGCGCAAUCGGGUUCGGAAAGCACGCCAUUGGCGGCAGGGACGGUAAAAUCUACGUGGUCACGGACUCAGGCGACCAUCCGGUGAACCCUAAACCCGGAACCCUCCGAUACGGCGUGAUCCAAAACGAACCGCUCUGGAUCGUAUUCCAGCGUGACAUGACGAUCAAGCUGAAAGAAGAACUGAUGAUGAACUCCUUCAAGACCAUCGACGGCAGAGGAGCCAGCGUCCACAUUGCCGGUGGGCCCUGCAUUACCAUACAGUACGUGACCAACAUUAUCAUCCACGGAUUAAACAUUCACGACUGCAAGCAAGGCGGGAACGCCUAUGUGAGGGACUCGCCGGAGCAUUUUGGGUGGCGGACGCUUUCCGACGGAGACGGGGUUUCUAUUUUUGGUGGUAGUCAUGUUUGGGUGGAUCAUAACUCUCUUUCGAACUGCCGUGACGGGCUCAUUGAUGCCAUACACGGUUCCACUUCCAUCACCAUUUCUAACAAUUACAUGACGCAUCAUGACAAGGUCAUGCUCUUGGGGCACAGUGAUUCCUACACUCAGGACAAGAAUAUGCAGGUCACCAUUGCAUUCAACCACUUUGGAGAAGGCCUUGUUCAGAGGAUGCCAAGAUGUAGACAUGGGAACUUUCAUGUGGUGAACAAUGACUACACCCAUUGGGAAAUGUAUGCUAUUGGCGGGAGUGCUUCUCCAACCAUCAACAGCCAAGGCAACAGAUUUCUAGCACCAAAUGAUAGAUUCAACAAAGAGGUCACCAAGCAUGAGGAUGCGCCACAGAAGGAGUGGAGCAAAUGGAACUGGAGGUCCUCGGGAGAUUUGCUGCUAAACGGUGCGUUCUUCACAGCAUCCGGUGCAGGAGCAUCUUCUAGUUACGCCAAGGCAUCGAGCUUGGGUGCGAGACCGUCGUCGCUCGUGAGUUCACUCACUGCCGGAGCUGGUUCGCUCAGGUGCAAGAAGGGCUCGCGUUGCUGACCAUCACGGGGAAGGAUAAAAUGGGAAAAAUAAGACCAACUGUAAUUACAGCAGCUAGUGUUUUGAUUUUUCUUGUAUAUCAGUACCAGUGUUUCGCUUUUAACCUUAUGGUAAUUUUCAACCUUGGCUUUUCACCUUUGAGAAUUAUGUGUAACUUCUUCUCAGAUGUCUUGAUCGUGAAAGAAACAAGGCCAAAGUGUUGAUGUAAUUGAAUAUGAAAUGAAAGCAAAAUUUCGUACUU